AACCCACCUUAAGGUACGUGUACCGAGUACUGGCUAGCCAAUAUGACCCUCGGCUACAUCAUCCCCUUUACCACACGGGCCAAGGUCAUAGUUCAAGCCCUCUGGAAGAAGGAAAGUGAAUGGGAUGCACCACUGCCAGAUGAACUUCUCCCUGUGUGGCAAGCCUGGGAAAGAGAGCUGCCAAAUCUCCAGAAAAUCAGUCUGCCACGGUGCUACACUUCGGAUGUUCCCGACAUUACCUCCGCCGACCUACACAUCUUCUCUGACGCCUCUGAGAGAGCAUACGGCUCCGUCGCCUACCUGAGGUUUGAAGACGACAGAGGUAGAGUGCAGGUGUCAUUCGUGAUGGCAAGGUCACGUGUAGCCCCGAAGAAACCGCUCUCAAUACCCCGCUUAGAGCUGUGUGCGGCCCUGACUGGAGCACAGUUGGCCAAGCUGCUGCAUACCGAGCUGACACUGUCAAUACACAAAACAAUCCUGUGGUCAGAUUCCACUACAGUCCUCCACUGGAUUCAGUCUGACUCCCAGCAAUACAAAGUGUUCGUAGGGACAAGGAUAGCGGAAAUCCAGGAGCUCGUCGGAACCUACAGCUGGAGAUACGUCCCCUCUGAAGAGAACCCCGCUGACGACAUUACAAGGGGAAAACAUCUACUGGACUUAGCUAAGCCCGAUCGCUGGACAUCUGGCCCGACUUUCCUUCCAGCCGACUGGCCAGCUAACCCCGUGGUUAGUUCUGCACACACAGAGGAGACGCGCAACACCACUUUCUGCGGCAACAUUGCAACAGCCGAGCCUGCGGCUCCAGAUCUAACACUCUUCAAAUCAUGGUCUGAACUACUUGAAGUCACCUACCAAUCCAUGCACGGGGCGGCUGCUCCACGCAUGACUGCAUCCAGCCGACUAGAGACACAGGUUGUCAUGCUUAAAAGUAGGGAUGCACCGAAUAUUCGGCCACCGAAAAUUAUCGGCCGAAAAUGGUUAAAAAGGCCCUUUCGGCUUUUUUUUGCCCUGCUCGAGAUUGCCCUGAGCCUUUAA